UUGCCCCUUCAUUGUUCCAAGCUUGCGGCCGUCCAACUUAACGCAUCUUGGGGUUCCUGCCCAGCGCGGGACACUGGGUCUCCCAAAUCGCGCUCCAAGACACACCCCCCUCGUAGAGGGAGUGACGUCAGGUUAGGACCACCUGAACGCGUCCCGAAGAGUCUAAAUUCCUCGCUCUGGCGGCUUUGGCUUCCGCCCGCCAGACCCCAAGGGCGGGGCUCCUCUUUGGCUGAUCGGCCGUCACCAGCUGCGCUCCCAGGGUGACCUCUCUGCUCGCAAUGCCUCCGCCGCGGGGUGACGUGACAGCCUUGUUCCUGGGGCCUCCGGGCUCAGGAAAGUCCGCACUUAUCGCAGCGCUAUGUGACAGUAAUGUGGAGACAGUAGAGAUCCCCGAGGGACGGCCGGAUUCCGGGAUCCCCAGCUUGAGAGCGGCGGGCCCCGGUCUCUUCCUCGGGGAGUUGAGCUGCCCACCCGCAGCGCCUGGACCCUGGGCAGCAGAGGCCAAUGUGUUGGUGCUAGUGCUACCCGGGCCCAAGGGAAACGAGGAGCCCUUGGCCCCGGAGCUGGGAGAGGCAGCGCGGGCCGCCGUGGCCCGAGGGACGCCGCUGCUGGCUGUUCGGAACUUCGGUCCUGGGGAUUCACAGCAUGAGGCCCAGGCCCGCGCACAGACAACAGCGCUGCUGGACAGCGCAGGGUUAGGGGCCGCGGCUCUCUUCGUGCUGCCUGCGGACUGCAACCGCAGCGAUGGCUGCGAGGAGUUAGAGCGCCUCAGGGCGGCGCUGCGGAGCCAGGCGGAGGCGUUGCAGAGGUUCCUGCCUCCUGCCCAGGAUGGUUUUGAGGUGCUGGGUGCCGCAGAGCUAGAAGCUGUGCGUGAGGCCUUUGAGACCGGUGGCCUGGAGGCUGCACUGUCCUGGGUACGUGCAGGCUUGGAACGCCUGGGCAGUGCGAGGCUUGACCUGGCGGUGGCCGGUGCAACUGAUGUCAGCCUUGUGCUCAACACGCUGCUCGGGUUGGAUCCUGGUGACCCAGGGGCUGUGCCUGCCUUGGCACCCACUGGGCCCACCCAGUGGCCAGCUCCGGAGCGCCCCAAUGUGGUGCUCUGGGCUGUGCCUCUGGACUCCUCGUGUUCCUCCUCUGGCGCCACCUCUCACCCAACCCACUACGAUGCCCUCAUCCUCGUCACCCCUGGGGCCCCCACGGAGAAGGACUGGGCCCAGGUCCGUGCCUUGGUGUCACCAGAUGCACCUCUUGUCUGUGUGAGAACAGAUGGUGAGGGUGAGGAUCCCGAGUCUCUAGAGGAAGAAGAAACGGUGGAGAAGCCCAAAGGCCAAAGCUUGAAGAACACAAGCCAUGAAGGGGCACUGGAAAAAGUGCUCAGCAGGGAGGAACGUGGCACCAGAUCGCAGAAAGCGGGCGGCGGGGAAGGUUCAGAGACUCCUGGCAGCCAGAGUUUGCAGCAGGGGGUCGGCACCACCACCCGAGGCUGUGGGGACUCUGGGCGCAUUGCAGCUCUGAGCCCAGAAGAUGAGACCUGGGAGGUGCUGGAGGAGGCGCCGCCGCCCAUAUUUCCCCUGCAUCUCAGCGGGCUCCCGGGGCUGUGCGAGUGGCUGCAGCGUGCACUGCCCUCUGCCCAGGCUGGGGCGCUGCUGUUGGCGCUGCCCCCUGCCUCCCCUAGGGCUGCCCGGAAGAAGGUAGCGGCACUGCGGGCCGGGGCGUGGAGGCCGGCCCUGCUGGCCAGCUUGGCGGCAGCGGCGGCCCCCGUACCUGGGCUGGGCUGGGCAUGCGACGUGGCGCUUCUCCGAGGCCAGCUGGCAGAGUGGCGGCGUGCGCUGGGCCUCGAACCUGCAUUGCUGGCGCGGCGAGAGCGCGUCUUGGGCUUGGCUCCUGGCGAGCUGGCUGCUCGUGCACACUUCCCAGGCCCCGUGACACGCGCUGAGGUGGAAACAAGACUGGGCGCCUGGGCGGGUGAGGGCACAGCCGGCGGCGCCGCACUGGGAGCCCUCUCCUUCCUGUGGCCUGCAGGUGGCGCGGCAGCCACAGGUGGCCUGGGAUACCGCGCUGCACACGGCGUCCUGCUGCAGGCUCUGGAUGAGAUGCAGGCAGAUGCUGAGGCGGUGCUGGCACCUGGGGAGCCGGCCCAGUGAGGGGUGGGGGGUGGGCUGGGGUGGGAUGGCAACUUGGGUUUUCGGCUCCGCUAGGGGCUGAGAGCCCCAAGACCUAGUUAGAGGGAUGGGGACUUGAAAGUCUGAGCCUGACAUAAGGGGUGGGGCGAUAUGUUAUUGGGUGUCUUUGGACUUGGGGUGCAGGCUUCGACUUCUAGUUGGAGUAUGUGGAGUCCUGAAGGGGAACAAAAUUUGGGGGACGGGAUUCCUGACUUUUCUGUGGACCAGGGAGUAUACUAUCCAAACCCUGUUCUCAAGGGUAUUGGGGUCCCGGACUCCCGGAAGUGGGUACAUCCUUGUCUCCAGCCGCAGUUCCUGGAAAAGGCGACUCAGGGUUGAGAGGUUGGAAGCUUUGAUCCCUGAGAGGCUCCGUGGCUGCGAACCUGAACUCCGGUAUGGAGGAGGGGAGUCCGGGUGCUCUGCGGAACAUUCAGAGUUGGACUUCUGGAUCUGAAAGUGAAACAGCCUAGGUUUUCCAGGAGAAAAAGGCCUGCACAGAACCUCAAGAGACAAUGAGCUUUGAAUCUUAAUGGGAUGGAGUGUUGACUGGGGUCCCAGAUUCCUGGCUCCCUAGAGGACUGUGCAUCUUGGUUGCUAGUUCUUGGGUGCUGAGGAGGGAGGAGGGAUCAAGGGGCCGAUGGAAGCGCGAGGACUCCUGGGUCUCUUGGAAUGAAGCGAUUCUGGUACUUGCUGUCUGGGGCAAGAAGGAUGAUGGCAUCAGAAAUGAAGACAGCAGGCUAGAGAUGUGAACUCCUGGGCUCCCAGGACAGCAGUGGAUGGGAAAGAGGGAGACCCUGUAUUUCAGAGGUCUUCCCACAAGUGGGCAGUGUUACUUGGUGGGGGCAGCUGCCUCUCUGUGAGUCUGACUGGGAAAGGUGUGAAUACUCCACCUUAUAGGUGCUGACUGAGGCAGAGGAUCUUGGGGGUGCGCUCCUCUCCUUUACAAUCUGCUUCUGUUUUUGUUUUGUCUUGUUUUUGUUCUGUCAUAAUAAGCUGGACCCUUUUGGCCUUGGUAUUUGUAUAUCUGACUUUUUGGAGGAGCAGCUGUCCUGUGCUAGUCUAAACGUCUUGGUGUGGUCUUCUCCUCUGAUACCCCAAGGAGCUGUGUCAACUGGUGUACACAGAGGAUGUGUCUGUGAGCAGGGUUCCCCCAAAGUGGCAGGCAGGCAUUGUAGACUGCAGGAAUGUCCCAGGCAGGAGAGAGGCAAAGGGAAUAACCACAGUGCCUGCAAUGUCCUAGGCCACAAGUUAAAGGGUUUUCAAUGUCAAAACUGGAAAAAAAGGGCCAGGGAUUUAGCUCAGUGGCAUUAAGUGCCUGCCUGACUAGCACAAUGUUGUGAGUUUGAUCCCGGGUACCAAAAAAAAAAAAAAAAAAAAAACCAAAACAAAACCUGGAAAAAGGGAAGUGAUAGAAGAGGAGAGCUAGACUAGGGAGGACAGGCCAACAGCACAAAGCAAGGAUCCAUGUGCUCUGCCCAUACCUCUUUUCAGUCUCUGCCCCAUCACAUCCGCAGUCAGGCUGAGAGAGCUUGCUGAUGUUUGACUAGGCCACACUGGGUCCUGCCUCAGGACUUUUGCACUUCUGUUCUUUCCUGAAACAUUGUGCCUCCACAUCUUCCCGUGGCUGGUUCCUUGUGCGUAACAUCUCCACGUAAAUGUUUGUUCCCUCAGAGAGGUCUUCUGUGAUCACAUGAACUGAAGUAGCUUGCACAUCCAUGUUUCUGCUCCUGGCCAGUUGAUUUUUGUAGGAAAUAGUACUAUAAAAAAAUGACUUUUUAAGCAUAGGCUGGAUUUGAACUCACUGUGUAGCCCAGGCUGGCCUCAAGCUCCCAGCAGUCCUCCUGCCUCAGCCUUCCAAGUGCUGGGAUCACAGGUGUGCACCACCACGCCCAGCAGAAAUGACCUUACUUGUUUAUUUGCCCGUUUAUUGUCUGUUGUUCCUGUGUCUGUCACGUUCUCUGGUGUACUGCCAGCACAGAACAGUGCCUGAUACCCAGAGGUGCUUAGUAAAUGCAUGUUAUUUCUAGUCAUUGAUCAGUGGCAGAACUAGGGCUAGACGAUUUGGAUGUUGGCGUCUUGUCGCAAAAAGGAAAAAGGAAUGAGAGCAGGGGAAGCAAGCAUGCAACGGAAGAGAACACUCCCAGUCUGAGGUCAGGAGAGCUAGAAAGCAGAGGUGGUUUCGUCUACAUCAUUGUGUCACACGGGCUAGAGCCUUCUUUUCCCACCUCUGGGAUGAAAGGGCUUGGCCCGAACCAUGCACAUUUCUAAGAUCCUGUUUUGCUGGGAACCCAGCCGAAGGCAAGGGUUCCUGAUCCCAGCCACAGAAAGUUGGGGACGGUACCCCAUCUGCAGUUUGAACUCUCGCCUCUAGCACAGCUUGUCCCCUCAAGGUCGAGACAGCAGUGAUGGGGAAAGUUUUUAGCGCUGUACUGAAUGGUCGCUAGCCUGUGCAGCCUUAGCGGAAUGGGAUUCUCCCGCGCCGGUGGAGUCCAUUCCUCCGAGUGCGCCCUGGAGCCCCUCGGUCAGUGUGCUGGCUCUGUGACAGCAAGCAGCUGUCCAGCAGAAACACGUGUCACCUUCAGCAUUCUAGUAGCUGUCACAAAAGAGCGAACAGGUGACACUGAAAUAGGUUAUAUUUGACCCACUGCCCCCAGACAUUAUCAUGUCAACAGGUAAUCAGUAUUUUAAAGAUAUUGAGGUAUUAAAAAAAAAAGAUAUUGAGGUAUUUUACAUUCUCAUAUGCUAAGUUCAAAAUUUGAUAUAUACUCGUACGGCACAUCUCAAUUCUGAGAAUAAACUGUCAUUAGAAGUGCUAUUUACAUUUCAUAAAAUUUAUAAUAGAGUCUCAUACCCAAGUUGUCCCAGUUACACUGACUAGUUUGUCAGUAGUGGAGAUGAGUAUCGUGUUCAAAUGAAUUGAAAGCAAAUCAAACAAAACUCAGUUUCUCAGUUGCACUGAUGACAUUUCAAGUCCUGCUUGGCAGCCACAAACACUGAACAGUACAGACAGUGGACAUUUCUGUAAUAAGACAAAGUCCUGUUAGCUUAGCUCUAGGGUCAGGGUCCUACUGACUUUGGAAGUGACUUGGGCAAGUCACACAGUGGAGCGUCUACCUCAUUGAGAAUUCACUGUGUGUGUGUGUGUGUGUGCGUGUGCGUGUGCAUGUGUGUGUGUGUGUGUGUGUGUGUGUGUGUGUGUGUUUGCGACCAUAGCACACACAGAACAGACCGUGGCCCUCGGGGAGAACUUGAGCACCACUGGGCGCUCUAACGUUAGACCUGCUGCCCCUGCCUGCCCACGCCCUCUGCCCCGGGCAGCACUGGGAUGACUCUAAUUUAGACAUUUUCUGUCAGCCCAUCCCUUUACUCACUCAGUGCCAUCCCAGCCACUCUGCCACCCUCUGAUUUGGUCCUGCCCAGCAUCUCUGCUGUGUACCUUGCUGCUGUUUUUCCCUGUGUCCUCCUGCCAGCAGAAAUAGGCCAGUGAUCAUAUCAGAGGAAGCGAGACCAUUUUGUUGGCAUGUAUAUGUGUGCAUGCGUGUGUGUGUGCGUGCAUGUGUGUGUGGCCACUGAAGAAUGCUGGUUGUAUUUAUAUAGUUGUAUAUUGGCACUGUUGUGUUUCACAACUACUCUUACGGGUGGUUGCAUUUUACAUGACGAGAUAGAAUUCAACUUUAGGUUUGUGGAGGCAUAAAGUUACGAAGAAGGCAUUUGUCUCUGGCAACAUUGAAGCAGAAAAAUAUGAAAUUUCCAGAUGGACAGAUGACUGGCUGCCACCAGGAUGUGGCACCCUAGAGUACAGGAAUCCCAGGAAACAUGUGUCCUGGUCUUGCCAGUUACCAGAAGCCGAACAGACUCCAAAAAUGUGAGCGAAGCACCCUCAUCCCCAUAGCAGAAUUUUGUACGUUUCUGGGUAAUGAUGGAGGAAUUUAUGUCCCAGCGGUAGAGAACAAGGAAGGACAAACCAAGUGUGUGGAUGGCCUUUGUGCUCUUUGAGGGAUGAAGAAAAAUGAGUAGAAAUCUUGAUGUGUGUUAGUUGGGGGUUUGAAGGGAAGAAAGGAUACUUGGACUCCUGGGGCUGAGGGUGGUGACUCUUGAUCCUGGAAGAGGCGGGUUGGUGGAAAAUCUGUCAGGAAAGAAUUCCUUGAGCGGGACCAGGAGGCUUCAUCUGUAGCACCUCAGUUUUGCCAUCCCAGGCUUAGGGAUGAGUGUACUUGGCCGCUGUUAGGAGCCUGAGGAUUUGUGAUGGCCAAGCACCUUACGUCUGGAACCCGUGUGUCCCCUGGAUGCCCCGAUCUGUGUAGUGUCUGUGUAGCCAUGCACUUGGAUUGUCCCCUCUCGUGCUCGCUCUAGACCUUGGCCACUGGGACAACAGCAAACAUGAUAUCUGCAGAGAUUUAAGAAGUGCUAGGGCACUGGGACUACUUCUUUUGCUGUCCUUGGGACCACUGUUACAUCAAGACACCCAGGCUGGCUUGCUGGGCGAUAAAGGGACACGUAGCCUAGUUAUCCUUGGCAUCCCAGACACAGUGGACCACUCCCUGAAACAGCUGCCCAGCUGACAGCUGAAACAGCAGAAGCAGCGCCCAGCUGGUCCCAAGCCAGACUGCAGACUCACAGGGUCAUGAACUGAAUAAAAGGUAAUUCCCCUGAACUUGUAAGUUUUGAAGUUUCUUUUUUCUUUUUUUUUUUUUUUUAAUAAAGUGAAAGUAACUGUGA